AUGGCAACCUCGCCGGCAGCUUCCAGGAUCAGGCCGUCGCACGGCGAACCGUCCCCGCCGCUGAACCAAGAGCUGAUCGUCGACGAGAUCCUCACGCGCCUGCCGGUGGCCGCAGCCGUGCGCUGCAGAUCUGUCUGCCGGGCGUGGAACGCGGCCCUCGCCUCCGGCCACUUCGUCGCCGCGCACGCCGCCCGAGCAGCCGCCGCGCGCCACCCCGAGAUCGUCUUCUUCUCGCCGACAGAGAAGGGCGUCGCCACGUCCUUCUACGCUUGCUCGCUUCCCGAGGACGGAGACGCGCCGCCCGCCGCCGCUGCCCGCAAGCUGCUCAGCGUGGGCAACCUCGCCGGCGAGCACCUGGUACUGACCGGCAAGCCGUGCCGCGGCCUGACGCUCGUCUUCGACGUCCGGUUGUCCGAGUACCACGUCUUGAACCUGUCCACCGGCGAGCAUGUAUCCCUGCCGCCCUGCGAGACGGCGGAGGAGAUAGCACCGGUGGUUCCGAAGCUGAUGCUGCUCAAACGGUUUCCUCUGGAGCUCUCCAGCACCGGCCUCGGCUUCGACCCGGCCACCGGUCAACACAAGGUGGUCAGGCUCUUCAGGAACAUCUUCGGCCAGCAGAAGUGCGAGGUGUGCUCGCUUACGGCGUCCGGCGAGUGGCGGUGGCGGCGCUGCGCCGGGGGCAACGCGCCCCCAAGAUUUGCGUGCUACGUCGACGGCAGGCCUCCCGUGGCCCUCGACGGAUCCCUCUACUGGCUGCUGCACCGGCGAGGCUGCGCCGACGACGGCAGCGCCAGCUGGGACCCGCAGCAGGACGCGCCCAUCCUGUCGCUCUCCGUCGGCGCCGAGCGGUUCGGGUGGGUGCGCACGCCGCCGCGGCUGGCGUCACGAAUCCGGCACCUCACCAACCUCGACGGCUCCCUCUGCGCCGUCGUCCACGACAGGCUCGUCGACGACGUGCUACUGCUCGUCACGUGGAGUCCGUCGUCGCCAUCGUGGUCUGCGCGCUGCCGCAUCGACGUGGGCAGCCUGCCCCGGCCGAUCCGGGACGAGCUGAGCGGGGAGCGGGAGAUCGUCCCGCUGUGCAGUGUGAAGAAGAAGAUCCUGCUGGCGACGAGCAGGCACAAGGUGUACGCCUACGACACGGAGCAAGGCGCCGCCGAGGAGGUGUUCGACAUGAACCGCUUUGUCGACGUGCCGCCGCACAACAGCGAGUCACGGCUGUUCGUCAACAUUGGCCUCCACGAGGAAGACAUCGGCCCGAAGUUGGCGGGUGAUAAGUGGCUACAGGUGAAGCGGGGACGAGACAUGGUGAUCGGCAAGCGGGAGGCGGCGUCGUCGGCGUACCAGCUGGAACAUCGGGACCACGACGAGGGAUUUCACAGGACGAGGGAGGUGAUCAUGCAGCUUGCAUUUCCAACUUAG